AUGGACAAAGAGACAAAGCAAAACAUCUACAAGAAGAUAGACAACAUAGUCAAAAACGUUGCGUUUCCUGCAUGGAUGAUGUCUGAUACCGACCUCGAGAAGUAUUAUGAAGCAUUAUCGGUGAAAAUAGUCCAAGAGAAUAACUUUAUGACAAAUGUAAUUUCACUGAACGAAUUCCUUGCGAAACAACAGAUAGACCUGUUUUUUAACCGACCGAACAGACACCAGUUUGGCGGGUCGCCUAUCGCCGCCAAUGCAUGGUAUUCCAGUCAGUACAAUUCGUUAACGAUUCCGAUGGCGCUAAUGAACCCUGGACUAUUCGCAAUCAAUUUUCCAAUGGCAACAAACUACGGGGCGCUUGGAAGCAUCAUCGGCCAUGAAUUGGUCCACGCGUUCGAUGGCAAGGGCAUACAAUUUUAUUACAAUGGAAGCCUGCACCGGUGGAUGAGCGAUUAUUCUCUGAGAGGUUUCAAUAACGUUCGAUCGUGUCUGAUAGAGCAGUACGACGAAUUCUGCUAUUUUCCAAGCGAUGUGUGUGUCAACGGCACAAGGACAGUGAACGAGAACAUUGCGGACAUCGGUGGUCUGCAGGCCGCCUAUUAUGCCUACCAGCACUACGUCAAAGUCCAUGGCGAAGAGUCAAGGAUCGCAGGCCUGGAGCAGUACUCGAUGGAGCAGAUAUUCUUUCUUUCCUUUGCCCACAAUUGGUGUGAAUACCAGACGAAAGAAGAACUGCGGCGAAAUCUCAAAGACGUCCACAGCCCUCCUGAUGCCAGGGUAAUAAUUCCACUCAGAGACUUCGAGCCUUUCGGUCGCGCGUUCAAUUGUCGGAUCGGGGACCGUAUGAGGCCCAAGGUGCACUGCAAUGCCUAUUAAUU